AUGCAAUUCCGAGCAAAGCAUUCUCCUCUCCUCCUCCUCCUCCUUCCAUCCAUCGCCAGCGCCCUUGCGACAGACCCCGCUGCCGCUGCCGUCGCCAACAGCGAGAGAGACACCAUCCCCGGUGACUUUGCCGACGCCGCGACCCUCAAGGGCCGUAUCGGUGUGCCCACCAAAGACGCGCCGGUAGACGGCAAAGAUGGCAAGCCUCACCUAGGACCCUUUGUCGAGACCGACGGCAAAGUAUCGACCGAGACCAAGGGUGAAGACGACCUCCCCACACUCAAGGGGCGCCCCAAGGAUCCCACCGUGGUCGAUGGCAAGAAGAUUCCCGAAUCCAACGAUGGCGUCAUGUUCGACAAGAACCGUGAGAAGCCUCAGGACGGCACCACGGGCACUGAGGGCGGCGUCUCCGAGAAGGACAAGGCCCGAAAGGCCCACGAGGGCAAGACUGGCGAGAAGCUGGUGAACCAGCCGGAAGCGCCCAAGGAACACCCGCCACUGCCUCACAGCGAGGAGAAGAAGAUUGAAAAGGGCAAGGGCAAAGACAAGACCAAGCCGGCAGAGUCUGAGAAGGACAAGUCAAAGCCAAAGUCUUCAUCCGAUAAGGAUACCGAAGACACUGGUUACACCGGACUUGAGAAACCGGGUGAUCUCCCCGACACGCCUCGCGAACAGCUGUCGCCGCCCAUUCCCGACUCCGCAAAGAAGGACCAUCUCGACAUCUCCAAGCCAAAGACCGGAAGCUCGUCACCGUCAGCGCCAGAGGACUCUGAGGGCGAAGAUGGCAUCAACCAACCUUUCCACUCUUUCAUCCUGUCCUUUACCAUGAUCUUGGUUUCCGAAGUUGGCGACAAGACCUUUUUGGUAGCCGCCCUCAUGGCCAUGAAGCACGAUCGCAUGGUCGUCUUUUCUGCUGCCUUUGGAGCCCUCGCAGUCAUGACUGUCUUGUCGGCUGUCUUGGGACAUGCGGUGCCCGCUCUGAUUUCCAAGCGUCUGACUGGUCUUCUCGCCGCAGGCCUAUUCUUCGUUUUUGGCGCCAGACUGCUCCGGGAGGGAAUGAACAUGGAUCCCAACGAAGGUGUUACGGCCGAGAUGCACGAGGUUGAGCAAGAGCUGGCUGAAAAGGAGAAGGAGCUUGAGCGAAGAGGUGGCUCCAUCUCUGGUGACGCCCUCGAGAUGGGUCUUGGUGGCAGGUCUUCACGCAAGACCAGAUUCCCCUCUCCCAGAUCGCCCUCUGAGUCUCCCUCGCGUGCCCCUUCUCGCAAAUCAAGCAGCCUCAGCGGCGUCGGCAGUGGUAUCAGCAACCUUUGCUCUCUUAUCCUAAGCCCAGCCUGGGUGCAAACCUUUGUCAUGACCUUUUUGGGCGAAUGGGGAGACCGAAGCCAGAUUGCCACCAUUGCCAUGGCUGCUGGACAGGAUUAUUGGUGGGUUACGCUCGGUGCUUUGGCUGGACAUUCCAUUUGCACCGGUGUUGCGGUCAUUGGUGGUCGUGCGAUUGCCGGACGCGUCAGUCUGAAAGUUGUUACUGUUGGCGGUGCCGUUGCCUUCUUAUUCUUUGGCAUUCUUUACCUCAUCGAAGCCAUCUACUAUUAG